GCUUUGAUUAGCAAUGAACACAGCACGAUAAUCAAGGAGACGAUUGUCCAAGAGAAUGGGAAAGUACUAACGGAUAUUGAUGAAGGGAUACAUCGCGCUUAUGGUCUUCGAUCUGAAUAUUACGAUAAUAAAACAACCAGACCGUUAAAAUUGAGAAAGAAAUUAUACGAGUUCUAUACCGCUCCAAUAACAAAAUUUUGGGCAAACGCUAUAGCCUACAUUAUUUUCCUACUUUUUUUCUCGUAUUGCAUUUUGGUGCAUAUGGACGAUCAUCCGUCGAUAGCCGAAAUAUACGCGAUUGCAUAUAUCUGUACUCUCGGAUGUGAAAAAGUACGCGAGAUAGCAACCUCGGAACCUGCAACGCUCUCGCACAAGUUCAGCGUGUGGGCAUGGAACAUGUGGAACCCCUGCGAUGCCGCUGCUAUUAUAUUUUUCCAAAUUGGACUAGCAUUGCGUUUACGACAUUCGACUUUAGAUGUAGGUCGCGUCAUAUAUUGUGUUGAUUGCAUCUACUGGUACUUACGAAUACUCAACAUCCUUGGUGUCAAUAAAUAUUUUGGUCCUCUGGUGACAAUGAUGGGAAAGAUGGUUAAAAAUAUGAUAUAUUUUGUGGUGCUUUUGCUAGUUGUGCUUAUGAGUUUCGGUGUAGCCAGACAAGCUAUAUUGAAUCCCAAUUCUGAACCAAAAUGGCGCAUAGUACGAGACAUAUUUAUGGAGCCAUACUUUAUGCUAUAUGGAGAAGUGUACGCGGAUAAUAUAGAUCCUGAUUGCGGGGAUGAGCCGGGAAUGAUGCAGUGUCUUCCAGGUCGUUGGAUCACACCUGCUGCAAUGUCCGUGUAUCUUUUAGUUGCCAAUAUUUUGCUGAUAAAUCUGUUAAUUGCGGUAUUUAACAAUAUUUUCAAUGAGGUAAAUGCUAUAGCUCAUCAAGUCUGGAUGUUUCAACGGUUUACCGUCGUUAUGGAAUAUGAACAGAAACCAGUGUUGCCGCCGCCGCUUAUAGCGAUUUGCCACGUAUAUUUACUGCUGAGAUAUUUUCUGAAGCACAUUACGCAAGGUAAAAGCGGCACCGGCGAGACCUGUGACAAUGGGCUGAAAUUGUUCCUGGAGGCUGACGACAUGGAACGACUGUACGACUUCGAGGAGGAUUGCGUUGAGGGUUAUUUCCGUGAACAGGAACUCAAACUGCAAAUGUCCACGGAGGAGCGCGUGAAAAUUACAACAGAUCGAGUAGAGAAUAUGCAUCAGAAAAUAGAGGAUAUCGAUAAAAAAGAGAGCAAUCAGAACGCGUCUCUUCAGGCCGUCGAAUUUCGUAUCCGCAAAUUGGAAGAACUAAGUCAACAAACUUUAGCACAUCUUGGGGUGAUUCAUCGUUUCAUGGCGACGUACAUGCCGAAUGAAGAACUAGCCGGUUUAGACGCGUUUGAUAACAUUCGGCAGCGUCGGGUAUCAGAGCGAUCGGAGGCUCUAUCCGAGGCGGAUUCUCACACGCAGUUGCCGACGAUCGCGCGGCGCAAGAGGCUUCUACGAUCUCUCACCGAUGCUACUUUCCUGAAUGUCGGCCACCCGAUAGAUGACAUUCUCAAGACGUCCGAGACCAUGACUUCCCGUGAAAAUCUCAGCAGACACGAUUCUUCCGUAAGUGUAGACGCUCACGUCGGUCAGGAUGAUGUCAAGACAAUUACCAGCUUUGAAAUGGAAGGUACCAAAGACGUUGUUGAAGGUGAAACGGUUGGCAAGAAGGGUAUACCGUGCGAGAAAGGAAUCAGCAGGGACACCAGCAGAGAAGUGAGCAGAGAGAUGAGCAGAGAAAUCAGUAUCGAGGCUACCAGCAGAGAAGUCAGCAGGGAGACCAGCAGGGAGGCUAGCAAAGAGGCCAGCAGCGAGAAUCCGCCUUCAGAUACCAGGCAGGACUCGACAGAACGUACGCUCAGGCAAGAUUCCACGGAACGUGGUACAUUCAGGCAAAAUAGCAGAACUCGAUCGGAAUCAGACGAUUUUAUGCUGCUUCCUCCGCCCGGUAUCCAGAGGGCCGUGACUUGGGCGGAACCUCGUGUGGCCGUGAUCCCGUCAUCCGUUACCUCGGCUGGGAGUGGACAGAGAUCGAUUCUGCUGACAAUGCGCGCCGAGUAUACCAGUAUCACGGAUGAGCUCGAAAGUUAUUGCGGCUUGUUAAGCCCACCGAGAACGCCGCCGCUUUCGCCGCCGCCAUCGCGAAUGCACAACAUGUCGGACAUAUCGAAUCCCGAGAUGGCAUGGCAGAUCGAGAACGAACACCUGCGCGACGCGGAGGAAUGCGAUUAUCAACAGAUGGAAGAUCUAAUUCAGCGACGUUAUCGCGGCCACGAUGAUGACGAGGACGAUGGGCCGUCGAACGCACACGCGGAUGAGGCUAGUGGUAUCGCGUGCUUCUUCAACGUGUCCAGCGACCACCGCCAGCUGUGUCGCGCCUCCGCGAUCGAGGAGGACCCUCGUCGGCCAACGCCAACAAUCAGCGUCACCCGUGAGAUCGAGCAAACGCUCGCGCGACCGCCGAUCUGCGACCCUGAGGCAACCGACCCGAGCGACAAAAAUCUGAGCACCGUACCUGCCCCCGCUUCCGAAACUAUGUGUUAAAGUAAAAACCAAAAGGAAAAGUAUGUAUUAUGUUCGCAGAACGCUCGAAAAUUAAUUUGUGAUUCAUACAGUAAUCCUUAUCGGAUUACUAGCUUCACGAUUCUCUUUUUAUCACUCGAAUUUAUUAUUGUAAUUCUUCGUGUUUUUUGAUUGAUUCUUUUAUUGUUUUUUGAAUUGAGUAUUUUAUCGUUAACAAUGCAUAAAAUUUUGAAUGUUUUUAACGUUGCAACGUUAAAAACAUUGCAAGCAUAAACUAUCUUUAUUUCCAAGCUUAUCAAAGGCCCAGUCAACAUUUUCUUUAAUGUAAUUGCUUCUCAGUUCUCAUACUAGUUCUAAUGAAGCAGAUAUAUGGUCACGUUGGUACGUGAUAAAUAGUACAGUAAUAGGAGAACAGCGCAAGAGAAAAAUGUUAGAAAGAAGCGACUCUAAGCUAGAGUAAAAAAAAUGUAUAGAAUAGAGGAUUUUGAAACAGAGGAAAUUUAUUGCAAUAAUAAAUAAUUAUAAUUUUUAACGACCACCUUGUAGCAUGCCAAGCUACAUAUGAUCGUAAGAAAAUCUAAGUUUUCUGCGAUUUUUGAUUUGGAGGAAUUUAUUUUUGGAACUACACGCUCACAAAUAUGCAAAUGUGCGAAACAAUUUCGCAGGCAUGGCCUAAAUAACAAAUUUUUUAGUGAAAACUAAAUAUAUUAUUAUAUAGUUUAUCGUGAAUUAUUGUGUAAUAUCGUGUAUUUUUAUCGACUUUUAUAUUAGGUAUAUUAUUGCGUCAGUGCUUUUAAUCUUCUACAUUAUAUGGCAACUGUGUAACACAGAUUUAUCGUCGUAUUUAUCAUCAUCGUAUUUAUCAGAUCACGCAUUUUAAUGCACUAUUAUUUUAUAUCUAUAGCAUGUAAGAAGCACAUUGAAUUUUGAAUUCCUUUUGUCCAUUAAGAUUGUCCAUGUUUUUGAAUUAUUUGGUACAUCGAAUUAUAUGAAAGUCGUAUUUCAGAAAGAAAAAGUUACGUUGCCUCUACUUGUGUCCGUCACUUUUAAUGCAUUCUGUGCGUUCAGAAUCCUUCCAUUUGGUAGAUUGGCAUGUAACUGCGAUUUAUACACAUACAUUUAUUUACGGUAUAUAUUAUAAUAAAAUGGAUAUCAACAACGCGUUUUCUUUUGUAACGCGUCAUAUUACGCAUAAGUACUCGAGCACCUAGUAAACGAAUCGCAUCUUACUAUAUUUCAUGCAUGCAUGGUUCAGAUAUAUAAUAUUGAUUUAAUUUGUAAAAAUUUACCGUGGAUAAUUCGGGUUGGAGUACAGCCUCAUCAGAAUUGAUUUCAGAUGUAAAUACGUUAACGUGAGUCGCAAGAUUGUAGCUUUAUUAUCCUUACUGCCGGAUACUUUGCUCGCGAUAAUUUUUCGAAAUGUAUUUUAGAGCCUUACACGUAACGCACUUUCAGCUGCGUCAAACUCCAUGGACCAUUUGAAAGCGAACCAUAUCACGCAGAUAUGUUCUUAAGGGGAUCCUAAAGCCGUCUGUAAUACCGGCUUUUUUUCUUAGCACUAAUCUUUUAAUUGACUUUAUAGAA